UCGACCCAUGCAAUCCACUCAACAUUCCUUGUUUUCCCCUCCCAUGUAUUUCCAGUCCAUCAACCUCUGAUGCAUCAGAUUUUCUACGUAAUUCCAAUCCCUCUUCCCACCACCGAUCACAGGUGUUUCUUCUGCACAGCAGCUUCAUGGACUUGGUUAACGCAUUCCUCAACAUUUUCGCACCCAUCUUCACCGUUACCACAUUCUUCGUCUUCUUUCCCGCCUACCUCUGCUUCAAAUCUCUCCACUUCUUCUGGCGUUCCAUUUUCAGCGAAAAUGUCGCCGGAAAAGUCGUCGUCAUCGCCGGAGCUUCGUCCGGUAUAGGGGAGCAUGUAGCAUAUGAGUAUGGAAAGAGGGGCGCAUUUUUGGUGAUUGGGGCAAGAAGAGAGAACGCUCUGCGAGAAGUUGCGGAGAGGGCCUAUUUGGUUGGGUCUCCUCGUGCUAUCCCUGUGCCCUCUGACAUCUCCAAAGUUGAGGACUGCAAGACAUUGAUUCAAGAAGCCAUCAACCAAUUCGGGCGAUUGGAUCAUCUGGUGAUGGCUGCUGGAGUCACUCCAGUAAGUAUGUUUGAGGACACAUUUCAAGUCACCAACUUCGCACCAGCAAUGGAUAUAAACUUUUGGGGUCUGGCUUAUGCAACUUAUUUCGCCGCUCCCUACUUAAGGAUGACAAAAGGCAGGAUUGUUGUAAUUGCGUCUUCGGCUAGUUGGCUGAAUGCACCACGGCUGAGCUUCUACAAUGCAAGUAAAGCUGCAGUUGUUAGCUUCUUUGAAACGCUGCGGACUGAGUUUGGAUCAGAUAUUCGGAUAACAUUGGUCACUCCAGGAUUGGUUGAGUCGGAGAUGACAAAGGGCAAAUUCCUUGACAAGGAAGGGAAAAUGGUGGUGGAUCAAGAUAUGCGAGAUGUUGUGAUGAGUGCUAUUCCAAUAGAGUUGGUUGGGCGAUGUGCAAAGGCAAUUGUGGACGGUGCGUGCCGUGGAGACAAGUACUUGACAGUGCCUCCUUGGUUCAGGACGACCUUCUUCAUCAAGAUGAUGUUGCCUGAAGCAACAGACUGGUUUAACCGCUGGUUUUCCAUCACUGAACCAGGAAUUCCAGCGACAGAAGCUAUCAGCAAGAAAGUGGUAGAUUUGCCUGGAGUCAAGGACAUCUUGUGGCCAGAUUCUGUCCGGUCCCCCAAGAUUAAAGCCAACUGAUGCUAAAGAAGACAAUCAGCUAACAGGUUGUCUCAGGGAUCUUUCUAAUGGAAGUAUAUACUAUCAAUAAGAACCAGACAGCACAAGUUUGAAUAGCACGCUCGGACAGUAAAGAUUCUUGCUAAAGAAUCAACGAAUCGUGCUUUAGAAGUGCAGGGUGAACUUCUUCAAGUUGGAAUCCUAAAUGUUCAAUAGGGACAUCAGAAGAGAUCCCUUCUAGUUCUAUCUUCCAUGCAUUUAACACUAGAAACAAUUACACCCCUAGCACCGGUGUGUAACUAUAUCUUGGUCAGAACCCUAUUGUUGUAAGAAUCGGGCUGAUAUUAAAAGGCUCAUAUCAAUCUUAGCACUACCAUGAAAAGCUUAUUAAAGUAA